CUGAGCCACUGGCGGCAUGAAGAGAUUGUGUUGGACCGGAACGACCUUGCUCUUCGGAGCCGGAAUCGGGGCUUCGGUGAGCCGCCUGCUGAGUGUCAGAGGCGGCGAGGAGGAAGAGAGACCCGGUCUGCUGAGCAGAGUCCCGGUGGUCCCGGUACCGACAGUCCAGGCCUCCGAGCCAACGGUGAGUGCAGGUGGGUCAGCAGUAGUGAUGAAGUAUGGUUUCCCCUCGCUGGCCAACAUCAAGACCAGAGAGUCCUACAUCACCUCGUAUGACCCCCGCACCCGCACAGCAUCCUGGGUAAUAGAGAGACUAAACCCCGCGUCCCUGAGCGGCCCAUCGGACAGGAAGCACUGCGACUUCAAAGAGGACGACAGUGUGCACGUGUUUCACAGAGCAACCAAUGCCGACUACAGAGGGAGUGGCUUUGACAGAGGACACCUGGCCGCUGCAGCCAAUCACAAGUGGAGUCAGAAAGCCAUGGAGGACACCUUCUACCUGAGCAACGUCGCACCACAGGACCCCCACCUGAACCAGAACACCUGGAACAAUCUGGAGAAGCUGUGUCGCUCUCUGACCAAACGUUACCUGAAUGUCUACGUCUGCACCGGACCGCUCUACCUGCCCAGGCAGGAGGCCGACGGCAAACUCUACGUUCGAUAUCAGGUUUUAGGACGAAACCACGUCGCCGUGCCAACGCACUUCUUCAAGGUGUUGAUCCUGGAGCAGGCAGACGGCAGGGGAGUGGAGCUUCGGUCGUAUAUUUUACCAAAUGAACCGAUAGAUCAGAAGGUUCCUCUUGAGCGUUUCCUGGUUCCCAUAGAAACCAUUGAGAGAGCAUCAGGACUCCUGUUUGUCCCAAACAUCAUGAAGAGGACCCCCAGCCUGCAGGCCAUCACUGACAGAUGACCUCCACUACCCACAAUGCACUGCUGCUGAUUGGAUGACAGUGUGUGAACACCUUUAAUUAGUUUUUUUUAUGUUUGCUGAUUUAAUGGAAGUUUUACUCAGACGAGAGAAAUUUAAGCCUCUGAUGUAAAAACUUCUGUCUGUCGAGAACUGACCCUGAAUUAAAAUGUUCAAACAGU